AUGGUCAGUGUGUUUGUGUGUGUGUGUGUGUGUGUGUACCCUCCUCUCCUCCUGGUCUUUCCGCGGUCAUGCUCCCCCCGGUGUGCAGCAGUGAUGAUGGUGACAUGGUGCGCUAGUGGCGGCUGGUCGCUGUGUUUGCUCCCGGCGCUCGUGACAGUGCUGAUCAGCGCGCGCACCGUCACCUGCCGCAUCGCGCCCCCGGGCGUCACCGCCAACAUCACCGACUCCGACAUCUCCAACUCCGACAUCUCCAACUCCUCUACACGCUUCUCCUCCGCCGCACCGGUGCGGCACGCGCGCAGCUACGCUCACCUGCAAGGCGACUCGCGCCGUCGGAAGCUGUUCUCGUUCCAGAGGUUCUUCCUGCGGAUAGACGGCACCGGGAGAGUGACCGGCACGAGGAGCGGACACGACUCCCACACUCUCCUGGAGAUCAGGUCUGUGGAUGUGGGUGUGGUGGCCAUACGGAGCCUGAGCACGGGUUAUUACCUCGCCAUGAACAGGAGAGGAGAUGUGUACGGAGAGAGAGAGUUCAGUGUGAACUGUGGGUUAAAGGAGCGUAUCGAGGAGAACGGCUACAACACGUACGCCUCGGUGCGGUGGAGGAAAGGACGCAGAGCCAUGUUCAUUAGCCUGAACGCUGACGGGAAACCGCUGCGGGGCCGAAAAACACACAGGAAGAACACAAACACACACUUCCUGCCCAUCAGUGUGGGAGUGUGACACACACACACACAGCCUGCUGCUGCUGCUGGAGAACACUGAUGUGAGGCGUGCUGAGGAGCUCACUUCAUACUGAUUCUGGAUCUCUCACACACACACACACACACACACACACACACACACACACACACACACACACAUCUCUCCUUUACAACACGACCUGUGAGUCAGAAGCUGAGCUCAGGAACAGAGUCCAGACAGAAACCGAUGGAACUAUGAGGAUCUGUGGGUGAGAAGCUGCUACAGUCAGACUGCUGGACCCGAGCUGGAGCUGAACUGGUCAGUCAUCUGGACACAGGCUUCAGCACUGGAGUGAAGUGACCUCAGAACUGGUCAAAAUCCAAAAUGCAGAAAAGAGGUGGAAUGUAGAAAAUCAUAAAGACUCAAAAGCUUAAUAUUAUAGGCCUCUUCUUCUUCUUCUUCUUCUUCUUCUUAUUAUUAUUAUUAUUCCUAAUAUAUUUAAGUUAUUAUUGUUGUUAAAUCACAGAACUCAGAGAUCAGAAUAAUCCGGUCCUGAGAGUCAGGAAUAUAUCCCAGACUCUGAGAUUCCCGAAAUUCCGGAUAGUUUCCUCAGAGACAGAAUAUUUAUUUCCACUACAUUUCUAUUAAAGUCUAGAGGAGCUUUUAUAUUACAUGUGUGUUUUUGUGUG